AUGGCCGGCGUUUCUCCUCCGGCGACCCAGCUGCCACGGACAUUCGCUAGCUUUUUUCAAAAACCUACUGAAAAUGAAGCAAAUGGUGACUCACUUAUCAAACAAGUGAAGUUUGUGAAUGGCACUCCUACUUUGGAGGGAGUCGCACCCCCUCCGCAAACCCUAGUCGCACGCGAGGAAGAAGUGCAUUCUCCUUCACGAGACCCUGCUACGAAUGUUGUUGGAGUGCACUUGGAGGAGUCGACUUCUGGAUUGUCUACAACGAAGAAGAGCAUCAUUCCAAUGGAUAUCCCAGCUACAACAGCUCCAUCGUCAAUGCCUAAUCGGUUUGCUAUUUUGGAGACAAUCGAUGAAGGCGACAGUGAGCUUGUAACAAUUGAUGAAGAAAAAGUUAUUGAGGAAGUUUUUGUUGAACAAUAG